AUGUCAAAUAUUUCUAAAAUUGAAUUUGUAGCCCUGGAUAUAUCGGGCAAAAGCUACAUGUCUUGGGUGCUUGAUGCUGAAAUUCAUCUUGAUGCGAUGGGUCUGGCUGACACCAUCAAGGAUAAAAAUCAGGCAUCAAACCGAGACCAUGCCAAAGCAAUGAUAUUCCUACGCCAUCACCUUGAUGAGGGCCUGAAAAUGGAAUAUCUCACUAUUAAAGAUCCAGUCAUACUGUGGAAUAAUUUGAAAGAUAGAUAUGACCACCUGAAGAUGGUUGUUCUUCCACAGCAGCAAUAUCGAGAGAUGGGAUUUAAAAAGUAUUCUGAACUUAUCUCACAUCUUCUUAUAACCGAGCAACAUAAUGGGCUAUUAAUGAAAAACCAUGAAAGCCGACCUACCGGUUCUUGUCCAUUCCCUGAAGUGAAUGAGACGAAUUUUCACCAAGCUAAACGUGGAAGAGGUUGUGGCCCCAGUCGUGGUCAUGGUCGUGGUCGGGGAACAAACUCUAAUCAUGGUAAUAAUAAUGCACCAAAGAACCCUCCUCACCACCAGCAGUGGAAAAGGAAGGAACAAAAGCAUGAAGCGGUGCAAGCACCAAAUGCAUGCUAUAGAUGUGGAGGAAAAGGGUACUAG